CCUCCUCUUUGUCCCCCAGGUUCUUGGAAGGGAAGAACCUCCUGGGGGCCAGACUCGCCCCCAGCAUUGACCAGGAAGGCAGCCGAAGCCUCACUGUCCCCCACCCACGCCGCCCGGCCACCGGACAGGAGCCAUGGAUAAGUUCCGCAUGCUCUUCCAGCACUUCCAGUCCAGCUCGGAGUCGGUGAUGAAUGGCAUCUGCCUGCUGCUGGCCGUGGUCACUGUCAAGCUGUACUCCUCCUUCGACUUCCACUGCCCCUGCCUGGUGCGCUACAACACCGUCUACGGCCUGGGCCUGCUGUUCACUCCCCCGCUGGUCAUCUUCCUCUGCGGCCUCCUGGCCAGCCGGCACUCCGCGGUGAUGGUCGAGGAGUGGCGCCGGCCCGCAGGGCGCCGCCAGAAGGACCCAGGCGUCAUCAGGUAUAUGUGCUCCUCUGUGCUGCAGAGAGCGCUGGCCGCCCCCCUUCUCUGGAUCCUGCUGGCCCUCCUUGAUGGGAAGUGCUUCGUGUGUGCCUUCAGCAGCUCCGUGGACCCUGAGAAGUUUCUGGACUUUGCCAACAUGACCCCCAGCCAGGUUCAGCUCUUCCUGGCCAAGGUGCCCUGCAAGGAGGAUGAGCUGGUCAGGGACAGCCCUGCUCGAAAGGCAGUGUCUCGCUACCUGCGGUGCCUGUCACAGGCCAUUGGCUGGAGUGUCACCCUGCUGCUGAUCGUCCUGGCCGUCCUGGUCCGCUGCCUGAGGCCCUGCUUUGACCAGACAGUCUUCCUGCAGCGCAGAUACUGGAGCAACUACGUGGACCUGGAGCAGAAGCUCUUCGACGAGACGUGCUGCGAGCACGCGCGGGACUUCGCGCACCGCUGCGUGCUGCACUUCUUCGCCAGCAUGCGGAGCGAAAUGCAGGCGCGGGGGCUGCGGCGGGACGCUGCCUCCUUCCUCAGGCAUUUCCAGGGCUAG